UACUUCAAGAUGGACAAGCCAAAAGGGCGGGGUUGUUGAGCAAGUAAGUCGACUUCACUGAAGAAAGUGCAUGCAUGGCUGUAGUUUGAGACUGUAUUGGAAUUUUGAAUGUGGAUCGAUAACAAAUUAUAGUUUGAGAAAAUAGUGCUCCAGUAGGUGUAAGACAGAUUUGAAAAAAAAAAACAUCAACAAGAAAGAUCUAUAAGCUUAGUGCUGUAAGUGUUAAAAAACAGAGCAAGGUAGAGAAAGUGAAAGUUGUGGUCCUGUAAUAGUGGAAGGAAGGAAUCUUAAGGUUCUUAAAGUUUUGUUUGAAUAUAUAUUAUAACAUAUCAACCUCUUGGUAUUGAACCUGUCCAGUACUGAAAGUUAAGAAUCUAUCUAAAAAGCGAAAGUAAACAAACAACGAAACAGUUACAACUUGUGUGGUGUUCCUGUAAGAAACAGCAACAGUUUAGAGAAUCUUUCAGUGGUUGAUAUAACAAUAAUAGGAACAGGUGCCCUCUGAUAUACUGACUACGAGUUUGAAAGGAAAGAAAGUAUCAAUCUGAUUUGAUUUUGCUUGUAAAGAGUGAAGAUUUUAUCAAUCCAACAUGGUGACUUGGUAUUUAGAUGAAAAUCACCUGGCAAUAUGUGCCAUAGUAACAGUUGCUAUGCAGUUUUCUUUCUUUUUAAUUGCGUGUACGUGUAAAUUUGAUAAAGUGACAGAUUUCGCUGGUGGAUCGAAUUUCGUGAUUUUAGCCAUCAUCACGUUUUUUCUGCCGGGGACGUAUAUUACCAGACAGAUCUAUACGACUAUAUUCGUGGUAGUCUGGGGAUUAAGACUGUCAGGAUAUCUAUUAUAUCGUAUUAUUAAAAUCGGAGAAGAUAAACGCUUCGAUGAUAAACGAGAAAAUCCUCUUCAGUUUGCUAUAUUCUGGAUAUUUCAGGCAGUGUGGGUAUUUACAGUCAGUUUACCGUUUAUAUUUAUCAACUCCCCGGUCAGUGCUUCACGAUUUCGUGAGUGGGCAGUACUGGAUAUUAUUGGUAUUAUAUUCUAUGUAAUUGGUUUAGUAUCAGAGACAGUGGCGGAUAUUCAGAAGUUUAAUUUCCGUAAUAACCCUGAUAACAAGGGCAAGUGGUGCGCUGUCGGAUUAUGGAAAUUUUCACGUCAUCCUAACUAUUUUGGUGAGAUUAUGGUAUGGUUAGGGUUAUUUCUAAUAUCAACUAGUAUAUUAAAAGAUGGUCAAUGGGUAGCAGUACUCAGUCCAAUAUUUACUAUAGUAAUAUUACUGUUUGUUAGUGGUAUACCGUUAUUAGAGAAGAAAGCAGAUGAACGUUACAGAAAAUUGGAAUCAUAUCAGAUUUAUAAAAACAGAACGAGUCCAUUAAUACCUCUACCUCCACCAUGUUACGCUGCCUUCCCCAACCUCUUGAAAUGUUUCUGUUGCUGUGAACUCCCACUCUAUAACCAUGCAGAAGAAGAGGAAAACGUCAUCGGAAAAAAUACAGGAACCUCUGAUAAUCGUCAAUCUUAUACACCAGAGUCUCAGAAUCCUUCAGUUUAG